UUGGGGCUGGGCACAAGACCCUGACGCAGGCGCCACAACAGUGUGACACCCAGCCUGUGCCGUGCUUGGCUUCUCACAGGGGCUUCAGCUAUGUGGACCUGGUGGAGGGGCUGCGGGACGGGCGCUUUUAUGCCCUGAAGCGCAUCCUGUGCCAUGACAAGGAGGACCGCCAGGCCGCCCUGCACGAGGUGGAGAUGCAUGGCCUCUUUGACCACCCCAACAUCCUGCGCCUGGUGGCCCACUGCAUGGUGGAGAAGGGCACCAAGCACGAAGCCUGGCUCCUCCUGCCCUACGUGAAGGGGGGGACCCUCUGGAGCGAGGUGCAAGCACUGCGGGAGAAAGGGACCUUCAUGCCGGAGCAGCGGAUCCUCCUCAUCCUCCAUGGCAUCUGCUGCGGGCUGCAAGCCAUCCACAGCAAGGGCUAUGCGCACAGGGAUCUCAAGCCCACCAACGUGCUGCUGGAUGAAGAUGAUCGGCCUGUGCUGAUGGACCUGGGCUCAAUGAACCAAGCUCGCAUCGAAGUCAACAGCCCUCGGAAGGCCAUGGCUGUGCAGGACUGGGCUGCCCAGCGCUGCACCAUCUCGUACCGUGCCCCCGAGCUUUUCACGGUGCCGAGCCAGUGUGUCAUAGACGAGCGCACAGAUAUCUGGUCCCUAGGCUGUGUGCUGUACUGCAUGAUGUUUGGGGAGGGCCCCUAUGACGCCAUCUUCCAGAAGGGCGACAGCGUGGCUCUGGCAGUGCAGAACCCCAUUGUCGUGCCCACCACGACCAGGUAUUCGGCUGCCUUGCAGCGCCUGCUCUUGUCCAUGAUGACGCUGAACCCCCAGGCGCGCCCCAGCAUACAUGACAUCCCCCAGGAGGAUGCUGUAGGACCCGACCCCAGGGUGAUGGCCACCACGGUCCCGCAGCUCUGCACCCCAGGAAAGUCACUCAUGACCAAGGGCAGAGCUGCGGUCCGGGUCCCGGUGCGGUGCUGGAGCAAGGUGGUGGGGGGACCCAGCGCCCUCUCCGCCGCUGCGCUCGGCACCGACAUUGCCUUGUGUUUGGAGUAA